UUCAAAGGUAAGUGUCGAGCGCAAACUAGAAUGUAAAUAAAAACGAGAACUCUUUGAGUGAACUCAGUUCGAUGUGAGUGAUCAGUGAGAAUAGAGCAUUUAUGACUGAGGAAGGAGUAACUAUAAUUCCAACUAACGAUCCAGAUAUGAAGAAGUUGACAUCUGAUCGGCCGCAGAGGCGAAGUGGUAGGGGCAGGCCAGGACGCCGAGGAAACAAAGUGGAUGUGAAAGUGAAACUAGAAAGAAGCCGCCAGAGUGCACGCGAGUGCCGCGCGCGGAAAAAAUUGAGAUACCAGUAUCUUGAGGAUUUAGUCUCAAAUAGGGAACAGGCCAUUUUUAAACUCCGGGAGGAACUUGAGUCGUACAAACAGUACUGCGUUGAUCUUGACCAAGGAAAACUUCCAGAGCAAUUAUUGAAAGAUCUUGCAAAUGUGAUGAAUAAAGGGGAAAACUCUGGCGCACCAUUUAUUCCCACGACCACACCAGAUGUUGGGACAGUCAUAACUAAUGGCUAUGAACAUGAAGUGUGCAGAGAGACAUUCUAUCAACAAAAUGGCACAGAAUCAGGAUGUAGUGUUCCAUCUACAGAAAAAUGCAGUUCGUACCCAUACUACCCGCAUUCCAGUGGAGAUUGCAGUGUCACAUACUCCAGCUACCUAAACCCAUUACCACAGCCUAGCCAUUAUCAUUAUCCACAACAACAACAUCAUCAUCAUCAUCACCAUCCAAAUCCAUCUGGAAAAGGAGGAUCAGCAAUAAUGGACAAUCCAGCACCUCAUCUUGCACGCAACUCUAUAGCUUUAGGAAGUACUCGAACAACCUGUGGAAAUCCAGUCGUCACUUCAUCUCAGCACACUCUCAGUCUGAUGAACCAAACUGGAGGAAACACGUCUUUCUUGUCUAUGCUUCGCGACUCAACUGCCAUGGAAAUGGGGACUGAGGCUUUGAUGGAUCUAGGAUAUUCAAAAGCCUCUAAUUACAAACAUCAUUGUUCCAAUGUUGAUGAUACUGGCCUCGUUUCGGAUGAACUUGUUGAAAAAUUAAUGACAUGGGAAGCUGAAUACCAGAGGGGCAAGACCUUGGAUGAAACUGAUGUCUGUAGUGAUCAUAUGAGGAGCCCAGAGUGUGUCAUCAAAGAGGAAAACAUGUCAGACUGAUGUCCCCUUGAUUCCAUUAAUUGAUAUGCAUUUUUUUUAUCUCCUUCUAUAUAUAUUGGUCAUAUAGACAUGGGAUUCAACACAGAUAAAUGGACUUUUGCUGUGAUUGUAGAUGAUCAGGCAAGACAUUCCACAGCAAACCUGAGAAAAGCACCAAUGAUUUCAAUUCGUCCAGUAGAUUUUGAUGCCUGUUGUGUUUUGUAUGUGUUGGAAUUUGUUUUAUUUUUUUUUUAACAAUUUUUUUUUACUUUUACAGGGAAUUGGUUUUGUUCCACUGUCAAUGUACAAUUGUAAAUACACCAGAUUGCUGAUUUGUAAAUUGUUGUGUAGUUGUUAAUUUAUUGUGAAAUGACAAACAAUGGCAGUUGACAGAGCACCUGCUGAUGCCUGAUAAUAGUAGAUAAUUCUGUAAGAAUAGGAUGUGUAUAAUUUUCUGGUACAUGUCGAAACAUAUAUGAUUGUUCUCCAACCUUAUCACAGUUAUAUAUCUGAUUAUUUUUGUAAAAUCAAGAAUGUGUUCAAAUUAAAGUUAAUUAACAAAAAUCCACUUCGAUACAUGUAUAUUUAAAUGUUUGCAACCACUUCCUAAUGAUCCUUUUGAAUUUUAAGAUUUAGGAAGAGUAUAUCCUCUCUCCAAACGUUUUAUACUACAAUAUCAACAUGGCAGAAUCAAAGAUAUAUAAUCAAAGCAGUAUAUCAAAAAAAUAAUCAGCAUGUCAAAAGGGGGAAAUAAGGAAGGAAUGACUCAUAUGGAGAAUAUUCUUUUAAAAAAAUUAUCCUUAAAAUAAUUUUUAUGUGGUUUUUUAUUUAAUGAAUCAUUCCCUACACUGCAGAUAUUCAACUCUGUUGAGAGACUAAAGUGCACUAUAAUGUUUUGACAUUUACUGAUUUGUCACAAGUUUAUGAUGGUCCCAUUUUAAGAUUUUUUAAAACCCUUAUGUAAAGGGCGUGUCAUUUUUUCCUUAUGUUUCAUUAUCUUUUUAUCUUUUUUUUCUCCAUAUGAGUGAGAACUGGUGUGUUUUGUCCAUGAAAAUGUCCUCGGCCCCUGUGAUAAAGCAGUUACGUUGUCCUUUUGUCAAAAGUUCAUGAUCUGAUGUUUUCUCUUUAAUUCGGUCAAACUUUAUAUGUAGCAUUAACUACUGCCACAGUAUUUUUUUUUAAACAAAAGCAUCCAUAUGCACAUAUUUUCAUUGUAAAAUUUCAUACUGGAAUCAUUAAUUCAUUUUCAUUGAUUUACCACAUCAAGUAAUCAUCAAUUACUGUUUAGAUCUGCUUUUGUAUCUUUCCUUGAAUCAUGUGCAGAACCGUUUUGUUAAAAAUGUUUUGAUAAAUUUAGAACGACCCGUUUGUAUGGAAUCGUCCUCUUGCUAAUAGUUCCAACGAUUCCAUACGUGAUUUCUAUGCAGUUGCAUAUUACAUGCUCUUUUGAAAUGAAAGGACAUACUGUUUCUCAAAUAUGGGAUGGUAUGUCCAUGAAUUAAGCUUGGAACUAACACUAGAUUGAAGGUAGAAAGCUUUAUUAAAAAGAAUGGUCAUGCUAAAUAGAUGACAGCUAUUGUGAUGUCGCAGAAAUAAUUAUCAUCAGAUUCAUGAAUAUUUUUUUUAAAGUUUUAAAAUAAAUUUUCAAAGCCCGACCAAUUUUUUGAGAGCCAUUUGCUCGAUCGACAUUCUCAUUAUCUAUACAUUCGAUGUAAUAUAUUGUCAUCAGAGAGCAUUAGCUUGAUUGGUUAGGGAUGAUGGCGAAAGGUUACCAUUUUUACCGGCUUGCUAAAUAUCCUUAAAGAUUUGACAAGCUACCACGUUUCCUAUAUAAGCCACAUUAUUGAUGAUGUCACGAUGCCACGAUGCACGAGGUUCCUUUGGCUACUCGUGUUCUCCAGGUCAUGUUGUGUCGCAUAACACAAGGUUCCGUUGGGCUAUUCAUGUUCCCCAGGUCUUUUUUUUAGCAGAAUGCUGUGAUAACUGUGAUAGAAAUCUGUUUAAAUAAGACAUUUAUUUAAAAGAGGACACGUUUUUCGUUCUGAUAUACAAUUCCAAAAAUAUUGUUAUCCAGUAUUACUGUUAUGAAAAUCCGUGCAAUAAUUUUUUGUACAUAUUCUUCUGUUAUGUAAAAAUUGAUUGAUGAUAAUCAAAUCUCUGUUAUUUGUAUAUUGUUAUGGCGAAAACUUGCUAGACAAAAUAAAAUCUAAAAACCUCAA